GAGAUAAUAAAUGGAAAAUUAUAUCCAGCACCGGAGAAACGGAACAUCCAGGACCUGCGCGGGACGAGCAAUUUCUAUAGUAGGGCGUCCCGACGCUCACCGUCGCGAUCAACUGACACAUCAGUACACGCGUCUCGACGCCCGGGAAUGCGUCUCUCCUCCAAAGGGAAGCUACAUACUAACUAAUUCAUAAAAACCAAAACAAAAAAAAAAAACUUCACCAAAUUUAUAUUUCACAAAAAAAAAAAUUUUCAAAAAAAAAAACCCCCCAUUUUUCCUUUUCAAAAUAAGUGAAUUUACAAGUGGUUAAAAAAAACGUGUGUAAUGUCUCGUGCGGAUUUUGGCACGCGACUAUAAUGCUCCAUUUGGCAGACGAGGAUGAGGGUGGCAUGGCUGAUAUUGUGCUACGUACUUCUCGAAAGUUACAUCGACAUCGACGGCGUUGUCAGUGCAAACCAGAUCACGCGACACGAUUUCUCCUUAGCAACGAAUUUUCCAACGUCCGACAAUAAUUUUCCGAGUUUUGUUGUGUCCAUUACGAACGUUACGGCUGCCAUUGGCAAAAAAGCAGUUUUAUCUUGUACAAUUCGAAAUUUAGGUCAUUACAAGGUGGGAUGGCUGCGCCUUGGGGAUCAGACGAUACUGUCAAUGGGCGAGAAAACGGUAAUUCAAUCGCCCCGUUUCUCAGUAACACUCGAGAAUGUCAAGACAACGAAUCAAACGCCUUCGAGGGAAGAGGAAACAACAUGGCGUUUGAAUAUUCACACAUUAAAGGAAGAUGAUCGUGGUUGCUAUAUGUGUCAACUCAACACCAACCCUAUGUUGAAUCAACUGGGGUGCGUGGACGUUCUAGUUCCUCCUGAUAUACUAGCUAACGGAACCUCACCGGGAGAGGUUUCCGUCGCGGAAGGAGAAAAUGCGACUCUCUCAUGUAAGGCAUCCGGACGACCAGAGCCACGAAUUGUUUGGAAGCUCGAGAAUAAUAAUAAUAUUGUUAUGAGAGGACCUGCAGAUAAACCGAUGAAUGUGUCCACCCUGUCAAGCGGGAGAUUGGAAUUAAGCAGGGUGAACAGGCAUCAAAUGGGAGUUUAUCUUUGUAUAGCAAGCAACGAUGUCCCCCCAGCAGUCAGCAAGAGGGUUCAUCUCAGAGUAAACUGUGAGUAUUUGCACGCCAAAGAGCUUAUAUUCUGACAAAAUGAGUUGACAACUAAUGCGGUCCAUAUAUACAUAGACGUGCCCGAGAGUGUGACAAGAAUUUCUAAUUGUCUGUCACAAAUUUUGACAAGCUUAUCAAUCAUUAUAUUCACAUAUCACUCGCCAAGAAGGUGAGAGUGAAAGAUAUUUUAA